ACUUGUAUGAAUAUUGUUUUAAGUAGGUGGAUGAAGGAUGAGAAACGUGGUAGAAUAGCGUGUACCCAAAAAUUUUUGGGCUUUCCUAAAUCCUCAUUGUAAAUUGUGAAUGAAUAGCUGAAAGCUGUGUUGUUAUGGGUGGACAGGAGUGAGACACCAACAUGAGUACACCUUCUUCUGCUCUUUCUCUCUCCUCUUCAUCUCCUCUUUUCAUUCAUACUAUUACUAUUACUGGUACUGGUACUAGAACUAGACAUACACUUUUCAAUUGCAGAUUCAUAUUCUUCAAUAAACCACUUUCUUAUUCCAACAGAAAUGGAGUUUCUGUUCAAGUAAGAGCAGUUCAAGAUAAAAGCAAGGAGUCUUCUUCCCCUGAGGAUAUUACCAAGAAAUAUGGACUUGAAGCUGGGCUCUGGAAGAUUUUGAGCUCAAAACAAGACCAAGAUUUAAUUGAUGAAAAAGGAACUCCUCUGAAACAAAAAACAAAAGGAGAACAAGCUAAAGACCUGCUGGCUAAAUAUGGAGGGGCAUACUUGGCAACAUCCAUAACAUUGUCCUUGAUUUCCUUUACAUUAUGCUAUGCUCUUAUCAAUGCUGGAGUUGAUGUCUCUGCUUUGUUACAAAAGGUAGGAAUAGCAACAAAUGAGACCGGAGAAAAAGUAGGGACAUUUGCACUGGCGUAUGCAGCUCACAAAGCGGCGUCCCCAAUCAGAUUUCCGCCUACAGUGGCUUUAACUCCAGUAGUCGCUUCCUGGAUUGGUAAAAAAGUAGACAAAGAUAAUUGAUCACUUUGAGCGCAUCAUUCAACUUGUCUUCAUCUUUGUAUUUGUAAUAGUAUCUAUACACUUUUUUGUUGAUGCUUACUAUUUGGAUUUUCCAAUUUUCGAAAUGAAAAUAAAUAGUUAAGUGCUAACAA